AUGCAGGCUACGGACGAGGAGUUGGGCCCCUGCUGUGAGGCUGCGCCGCGGCGGACAACGUCUCGCAGUGCCAGACAGCAGCAGUGCACCAGAGAAAGGGGCAAGGCACUACACCAGACUACUCGUCGGCCGCCCGACGCUUCUCCCGCGCCUUCUAGCGAGCCUCACGACGCUGUGCUCGCUCCCGUUGCUGGCCGUUGCCGUCUGUCGUCAAUCCUCCUCUGCCAAAUUAUGCCAUUCUGCGUCUUAUUAUUAGCACCGCGAACAACGCUGCUGUUGCUUCCUCCUCCGCGUGGCUGCCCAUCCCAGCAUCCGCGUGUUGGCCAAGGCUGUUGUAUCUACACGACCCGGAACGAGUCCUCCCUCAACGACCUCUCCAAUACGACCUUGUCCGGUGCCACCGCCCGUAUCCUCACCGCGAGCACAGCGCCGACGCGCAUCCCCAGGAGCUGUGAGGUCGAAAUGCGUCCUGCAGCGCGGGAGCUACGCGAACACCUGCAGCCCCAUUUCUCCGAUCAUCCUGGGCUAGCGGUCGUGAUGAAACGAACUAGUGCCUCCGCCGGCUCUGCCCCAAAGUCAGGUACCGAACACGGACGCUUGACUCGAGCCAUUCACGUCGAAAUUAAUCGCAUUUUGAUGGGUCGCUCACCUGCCUGGCUGCGUGGUUGGGCAUCUGUCCUUCACCAUCGGAUGCAGUCGACGAUUCAGAUUUCACACAUGAAUCGCACUGCAACAUGA